CCGGGACUGUCCGAGUUCAGUAUUGCACGUGUUUCACAAAGAACAGUUUGUAGAGGCAUAUUUAUUGCCGAGCAUGAGUGGACCGUUUAAAAGACGCGCUUCUCUAAAGAAGCCCGUUGCUUUGGGUUUAGUGAAAUCUGCAGCAACAAGAAGACGCUCAUCCGUCACAGCUUUAGCACCAAUCCCUCAAGUCCAACAAGACGUGCCCUGGGAUUUGCUGGAACGCUGUUUUGUUCCAGUCCUUUUUUGCCACGCAUCGGCCGUAGUUAUUAGUUAUACCUUAAGUGUCUUACGAAUAUGGCAAGUGACGGCGUUUUCUUUAUUUAUAUGGUUCACGAUAGUAAUGCUGGGGGUGGUUCUGUUUUAUCAUAAUUUAAAGAUCUCGAUAGUGGGAAAAGCAGUAUUAAUAACGGGCUGUGACUCAAGAAUAGGAAGUGCCUUAGCUCGAGUUCUCGAUGAUCUUGGAUUCACGGUUUUCGCUGGAUUUCAAAAUGCUGUAGAUAACCCAGUAGCGGACGAACUGAAAGAAGAAUCCUCGGGUCGUCUUCACAUUCUGCAGUUGGAUGUAUCGUCUGAAACUCAAAUACUUGCAGCUUCUUUAUACGCGACUGCUCACUUACCAGAUGGGGCGGAUGGACUAUGGGCAGUAAUUCAUGCCGCUUCUUGGAUUGCCUUGGGUGAAAUAGAGUGGAUUCCAGUUGAAGUAAUUAGAAAAGCGACAGACACAAACUUUCUAGGAGCAACUCGUUUAAUGCAAGUAAUGCUACCAUUAGUCAGACGUGCAAAAGGACGCAUCGUACUUGUGACGUCAGGUCUUUCCCGUGUAGCGUCCCCAGUGCGGGGCGUUCAUUGCGCACUGCAAGCGGCACUGGAAGCCGAAGCUGUGUGUUUGAGACAGGAAUUGAAACCGAGAGGUGUGGAUGUAAUUGUAGUAGCACCCGGAGAAUAUUCAUCUGGAAGCUCUUGGCUUACCGAAGAAAGUAUUCGCGAACAAGCUCGUGAAAUGUGGGAGAAUUUAAUGGAAGAACAAAGACUUGAAUACGGCGAGGAAUAUUUUGAGGCAGCUGUGAGAAGCUUGGAGAAAUACACAAAAUCUAAGGAUGCCGAUUUAUCACCAGCUUUACGAGCGCUCUCUGACUCUGUGAUAAGAACCUUCCCCUUACAAAGAUAUACUCCAAUUAGCAGACAAGAAAAACUACAAGCUAUCAUCGCAUCUUAUUUCCCAAGAUCAGUUUAUGAUAUCAUUUAUUCUUAAGUCCUGCUGCGAACUAAAAAGUAAAAAUUGAGCAUUUAUAUAGAAGCUACACUAUACUUCAUUUCGCAAAUCAUUUUCGGAGAAUUGCAGUGUAAGUAGCCUUAGAAAAUUCAAAAUGUAUUGAUGAGAAAAUGUUCUCCCUACCCUUUGUAACCUAGAUUUCAAUAAAAUGCAGAAUCUUUACUCUUA